AUGAACGGAUGCAAUCGUCCCUCUAUCCUUCGAAACUUGGCAAUGCCUUCUCAUGGCGUCAUGCCAGGUUCUCAUCCAUUGUCUCAAUACUCAGAAAUAAGGUACAUCCAAGGAAGUCCCUAUCAUCUACCCUCACCUGCACCAAUUCGACAUUAUUCGAAUACCUCUAAGUUGGAUGAGCAUGGUGAGGAUAUAACUUCGCAUAAGUUGCCUGAUCAAACUGCAUAUCCGGACGGCGAAGACUCCAUUGGAUUUAUCACUAAAGCACUUCCUACAUCGGGGAAUGAUGUGUUGAAAUAUUCACCAGCCAAUGUGUGCCCAACAAGGAAAAGGUCGAAGAGCAACCGACUUAAAAAAGCAUUACGGCCUUCGAGUCUUGAGGUUCUUGGGAAAUGGUUAGAUUUGCAAGAUGACAAUGCACGGGAAGCAUAUUGGCAAGAGUUAAGAUCCAAGGGCUCUAAAGUCUCAGAAUCAGCAUUACCAACGAUUCUGUUGCAACAUAUUAGACGCUGCCCUUUGACCAUGAAUAUGACCCUUAGCUUAGAAAAACGAGGCUUCAGUAAGGAUGACCUCGUAAUUUGGGCCUGGAUCCUACAAGGACAGCAUUUAGAUGAAAAGGCAAAGCGAUUUUUUUCUUCACCUUCACGAAAGCCAACGUUCAUAUUGUUGGAAAUCCUCCGCCAUGAUAUUGAGCACGUGGAAACUUUCAGAUCACUUCUGGUCUAUACUUGGGCUCAAUUUUUCUCAGUAAACUCUCAAGAAUGCGUCGGGGGCUCUUGGUCAGGAGUUUCCGAGUCUCUCUUUGAAGAGGAGGCGGAUGAUUCAGAUAAUUUACUGCCAUUUUCUUCACCUGGCAUGGAAGGAACCACAUUUAAAGUUCUCAUCUCUCGCCUCCUCUAUCAAGCCCGGCGUUUACUCCCCUCUGCAGUAUUCCCCAUAUCCCACAUGAUCCCUCCAUAUUUCUUCCAUCAUCUGAAUCAUGGACUACUUCAUGUUCUCUCUCUGCCAUCACGUUUAGAACCUCUUAGAUCCAUGGGUCAUAAUUGGCAUGCUCAGAGAGUUCUCUUGCGUUUAGCCAAUCGUACUUCACCACCCUUGAUUAUCGAUCGACUUGGUUAUCAAUCUGUACAGGCUGUACUACUUGCCUCACAAAAAACCAAGGAAGAAUCAAGAUUAGCUAUGCUCCAGGCAAGAGAUUGGCCUCCCUGGAGAGUCGACCAAGAUGGUAUGGAUGCCCAGAGAUCUUCAGAUGAGGAUAUGAGUAGGAUUGUAUUUGCCAUAAGGCAAAUGAAGCAAGCUGGAUACAGUUCAAGCAGCAACACCCAUGUUUAUGGUAUCCUUGGAGGACAAGAAGAUGAUGGAACACCGACGAUCCAUACCAGGUCGAUGUCCAAAGCUCAUAUUCGAAGACAGCGUUCUUUGGUGAAAUUGAGCCCUCUAAAUCCUCAUGUUUGGAGUGCAAGGAUCAAAGCAACUCGUGAUGUCCAGGAGGCUUGGAGCGCUUUUAAAAACUUUCGUCAUCAAGGGGGUACACCCACACCUUCGGUUUAUCUUGCUGUAAUGGAGAAAAUCGAGGCUGAAAAUAAGAGGAUUGGCCAGUCUCGAAUGGUAGAUGUUUUGCCUGGCGAGGGUAAAGAAGUUCUUCCACCAUUCAGCGACAAUUUCAGCGCCUUCUACAAGGAGGAGCUUCGACCACCAUCAACUAUUGAUUCGCUGUAUGAGACCAUGAUAUCAUCUGGUAUACAUCCAGAUAGUGACUGCCUACGUUUCAUGGUUAGCCAUGCCAGGGGAAUACCUGAUGGUAUAAAAUAUCUUCGUGAUAGUGCACAACGCGAUACCUUCUUGGACUAUCUGAUUGGCCAAGUUCCCGACCCGCCAGCGAAAUUUACAUCGGCAGAGACUCGCAUCAUCCAUGCCUUCGUUGCCUUACUUUGCAGGUGUGCGGAUAAACUUGCACCACGAGCUCCUUCAAAUUCAGACUUUUCCAUGUUCCAAGAUUUUAAAGGGCUUCAUGAAAGCAGUUUAAAUAUCAUCAACGAUAUCAAUGCGGAUGGGGUAAUGCCACAAACAUUACCUAGAUCCAAGAAGUCUGGUAUCAAUCCCUUGUCUCAUACACUGGAGCUUAUAAGAACCAGCCAGACGAAGUAUAGACCCACGUGGUAUGCGGUCUUUGAUGCACUUGCUCGACCUGGUAUCAUCAUUGAUCCUAAUAUAAUUGGUGACCCUCAAGAUGAUGUCAAUUCCUGGAGAAUUUCUGUCGCUACACUGCAAGAUUUUCACGAUGCGGGGCUUGAGCUUGACCCCAAAGGCUUUCAAUUGAUUUGCCGAUGUUUAGAAAAGGCAAUGCUCGCAACGUCACGAACGGAUGAAGAACCACUGUUCGUGGACGCAAUACAUCUUGUGAAGGGAGAAUUCGCAAAACUAUCUUCAGCAACUACAAAAUGUCUUGGACUUUCGGCGCUCUCCUACAAUCUAAACGGCGCUAUUCUACAUGCCUACAUUCGUGUUCUAGGACUAUCAAAGGAUUUCAAUGGUAUUCAAGCCGUAGUGGAGUGGAUGAUACUUCAUCACAAGAGUCUGCUUACUGAGGCUCGGUGGAGCCGCAAUGGCCAUGAGCUUUUGAGAAGAACCCUUAUCGCAAUCAAGGUCUUUUGCAAUGGAACAUCCCAUGAAGAUCAAGCACGAGAACUGGUGGAAAGUGUCGAAGGUUGGACAUGGCCAAGCGAUGAAGAUGCUAUAGCUUACAUUGAAGGAUGUACUUCGGUAGCACCUGGUGGGAGCUCUUCAACGAUUAGUGAACCUGCUGUAAAUAAGAUAGCUUCAUAUUACUAG